GUCGGUUUUGCCACUGAUCCACAUUUUCUUAAUUUCGUUUCCCUUCGAGAAGGUGAGAAAGCUAUUAAUGGCCCACACACAAACUCCUCCAUCUUUAAUGUUCAUUCUACAAAGCAAACAGCCAUUCCAUCCAGCAAUGGCUCCCUCCAAAGUUGCGUGUUACCUUGUUUUCGCACUCAGCAGCUGCAUCCUUCUCUGCAACGCACAAAUUCUGCACCCUUGCGAGUUUGAUGCAAUAUAUCAGCUGGGAGAUUCCAUAUCUGAUACUGGCAAUCUUAUUCGAGAGAAUCCUUCCUCUGUGUAUGCUAAGCCUCCCUAUGGUCAAUCCUACGGGAAUGGAAAACCCACGGGUAGAUGCUCCGAUGGCUUGCUCAUGAUAGAUUUUUUUGCACAAUCUGCAGGCAUUCCUUUCCUGGAACCUUACUUGAAGAUAAAGAAAGGGGCCUCAAAUGCCGCAGCUAAUGGUGUGAAUUUUGCGGUUGCUGGUUCGACUGCCUUGUCUGCCAGAGUUCUGGCAACUAAAGGAAUUUUAAACCCACUUACUGUGACCUCUCUUUCUGAACAACUUGAUUGGAUGGAAACUUAUUUUCGUGCUUUAUGUUCCGGUGACAAAGAUAAAUGUUCGGAAAAGCUUAAGACAGCUCUCUUCUUGGUUGGGGAGAUUGGAGGGAAUGACUAUAACUAUGCCUUCUUAGAAGGCAAGACAAUUGCACAGAUAAAGGCUAUGGUGCCGGAGAUUGUCCAAGCCAUAAAAACUGCGGUUUCUAGAGUUAUUGGAUUUGGCGCAACUCGUGUGGUUGUUCCUGGGAACUUUCCUAUAGGUUGUAUACCCAUUUAUCUCACCAGUUACAAAACUAAAAACAGUUCUGCUUAUGAUGAACUUCACUGCUUGAAGAGCUUGAAUGAUGUGUCGACGUAUCACAAUAACAUUCUUCAGCAAGCAAUUAAGGAUCUUAGAAAAGAAAACCCCAAUGUGGUUGUGGUAUAUGGUGACUACUUCAAUGCAUACCUAUGGAUUGUGCGCAAUGCUGAACGGCUUGGUUUUGAUGCUGAAUCAGUUCAAAAAUCCUGUUGUGGGAAUGGAGGCGAUUAUAACUUCAGUAUCAUGAGCAUGUGUGGAGCUUCAGGUGUGCCGGUGUGUGCCAAUCCAAAUCAACAUUUGAGUUGGGAUGGAAUUCAUUCCACACAACAAGCUUACAAGUACAUGGCUGACUGGCUCCUCCGCGAUAUUGUUUCCGAACUUAAAUGCAAGACUGCUUGACUUAGCUCUCUAUCUUGUUAAGCCAUAGUUAACUUACCAUCUCAUAUAGUUUUAAGUUACUUGCUAUCACUGAGAUUUAAACUUAGAGCAUUGAUUUCAAAUUAAGGUUUUUAAGUC